AUGUCAGCUCUUACCAACCAAAUCUCGUACCGGAGACAACAAGCGGCGGCUUCCGGCGGCAUCUUUGACACUUUCGGCAGCGUCAUCGUUUCCGCUGGCCAUGGCCCGGGAUCGCGAGUGAACGUGACUGUGCCCGCUGGUUCAACCGAGACCGAUCUGAAGAAGGCGCUGGAUCAUGCACUCGAGCUUGGGCAGGAGAGGAAGGGUGCAAUGGGAUGCUGGGCCGAGGAGUGUCCCGCUCCCCGCUGGGUUACGGCGGCAGCGGUUGAGCGGGGGAUGCAGUGGGGCUGGACCGCACGCUGGAUGGCACGACCGACGUCCAAGCCGCUCCCGGAAGAGAAGAAAGUGGAGGGCAUCGACAUCAAACGGAUAACGGCGGUACCGGAGAAGAGAGCUGAGCAGAUUCCCUUCGUUGAUGAGCGCUGGUCCCUCCUCCUGCCCCUCGACCCGAGUACGCUGGUCCUGGGAGCUUUCGACAGCGACACAAUGGUCGGUACAGUCGCAGUGCACUGCACUCCAUCUCGGGAUGGAGCCGUGUUCAAUCUCGGCGUCGCGGAUAGCUAUCAGCGAAGAGGCAUCGGCCGGGCCCUGAUGGUCGCCCUCCUCAGGCUGGCGAAGGAGGAGGGGCUGAAGGAUGUCACGCUGAACGCAACGGACGCAGGAGCUGGCCUGUACCUCGGACUCGGGUUCGAGGACCGAGGCAGGGGACAGACGUGGUGGAUUAACAGCGACAUGUGGGAUCGCCCGGCGCCCACAGCCCAGCAACGCGCCGUGUCACGGGCGAUUGCGUUGGACUCGUCCGAGGUCCCGCCGACGGACAACGCCAUGCUGCCCUGCAACAUGACGCCCAUGCGCCUGGCCGCUACGACAGACAGCCCUCAUGCGGCCGCGGCGCUGGAGAAGCAGGGUAUCAAGCUCGACGCCCUGUCGGCCUGGGAUCUCGGCUGGAAAGACCGCGCAGAGCAGAUAUUGAAGGACGGAGCGCUGGAUCAGCUCGACGAGACGGAGAAGGCGACGACACUGCAUACCGCCAUUCAGCGCGAUGAUCGCGAACUCGCCGCUCUGUGUCUGAAGCUCGGAGCCCGUACGGACGUGAAAGACGGCAACUGGGACAGCCCCGCCGUGGGAUGGUGUAACGCGUGCGGACGGCCUGAGAUCGCUCAAAUGAUCCGCGAUAGGGACAGCGGGCAGGCAUAA